AUGAGUUUCACCGGCAAAGUGGCUAUCGUGACUGGAGCUGCCACAGCCAAAGCAUUAGCCAGGGAAGGCGCCAAGGUGGUCCUGCUGGAUAUAAACGAAGACAAUCUCCAAGACGUUGCAAAUGACCGCGAACACGGGUACAAACCUCUCAUCAUCACAGCAGACGUUACUAAAGACGAAGAUAUCAAAAAUAUCCUUAAAGAAACCCUCGAUAACUUCAAUCACUUAGAUAUACUGAUGAAUAACGCAGGUAUUGGCAAAAAAUCAACCAUAUUCGAUGAAAACCUUAUGGACAAUUUUGACCACGUUAUUAUGAACACGAAUCUGUGCUCCAUGGUAUAUUUGACGCACCUCGCCGCUCCUUACCUGAUCAAGACUAAAGGAAACAUCGUUAAUACUUCGAGCAUCUGUUCUUUACGAACCAUUGAAGGUAAAGACCUGUUGGGAUAUUCAGUUUCAAAAGCAGGCGUAGAUCACUUUACUCGCUGCGUAGCUUUAGAUCUAGCUCCUCACGGUGUCAGUGUGAAUGCUGUGAACCCUGGACCUACGAAGACGAAUAUAAUUAAAAACAGAGAAGCGUGGAUUAGAUGUACUGCGUUCAAAAUAUUGUCGGAGCCUGAAGAGAUAGCAGGUCUAAUUCUAUUCCUGGCCAGUGAUAAGGCUAGGAGCGUUACUGGAUCGACGUAUGUUUGUGAUAACGGGGCGCUCUUGACAUAA